UUUGCUGAGUAAUACGUGCAUUGAGUUAGCUUUGUAAUUUAUGAUCCAAGCCGCUACUCUUCAACCAAAAAGAGUUAUGGAUGCACGGGAUCAGAUAUUGACUGAUUACAGGAAAAAAUUAUUGGAACAUAAAGAAAUUGAUGGGUUACUAAGAUCCAAAAGAGAUGAAUUAAAGGACAGAACAAAACAAUAUGACAAAUCUGAAAAUGACCUAAAGGCUCUGCAAAGUGUUGGACAGAUUGUUGGUGAAAUUUUGAAGCAGUUAACAGAAGAAAAAUUCAUUGUAAAGGCAACAAAUGGUCCAAGAUAUGUUGUUGGGUGCAGGCGACAAGUAGACAAAGCAAAGUUGAAACCAGGGACUAGAGUUGCUCUUGAUAUGACAACAUUGACAAUCAUGAGAUAUCUUCCACGUGAGGUUGAUCCUUUAGUUUAUAACAUGUCACAUGAAGACCCAGGAGAUGUGAAAUAUUCUGAGAUUGGAGGGUUAAAUGAACAAAUCAGACAAUUACGAGAGGUCAUCGAAUUGCCUCUUCUUAAUCCUGAAUUGUUUGUGAGAGUUGGAAUUACUCCACCUAAAGGUUGUUUGUUAUAUGGACCACCAGGAACAGGAAAAACGUUACUUGCGAGAGCCGUUGCCAGUCAACUUGAUGCUAACUUUUUGAAGGUGGUAUCUUCUGCAAUUGUUGAUAAAUACAUUGGAGAAUCUGCUAGACUCAUCCGAGAAAUGUUUAAUUAUGCUCGUGAUCACCAACCGUGCAUUAUUUUCAUGGAUGAAAUUGAUGCUAUCGGUGGAAGAAGAUUUUCUGAAGGAACAAGUGCAGAUCGGGAAAUUCAACGAACAUUGAUGGAACUUUUGAAUCAGAUGGAUGGUUUCGAUACACUGGGUCAAGUGAAAAUGAUUAUGGCCACGAAUCGACCAGAUACUCUUGAUCCAGCUUUACUCAGACCAGGAAGAUUGGAUAGAAAGAUUCAAAUUGAGCUUCCAAAUGAGCAGGGAAGAAUGGAUAUUCUGAAAAUUCAUGCUGCUCCAAUAACUAAACAUGGUGAACUAGAUUAUGAGGCUGUUGUUAAGUUAUCGGAUGGAUUCAAUGGUGCUGAUUUGAGGAAUGUUUGCACUGAAGCAGGAUUAUUUGCCAUCCGUGCUGAACGGGAGUAUGUGAUACAAGAAGACUUUAUGAAAGCUGUUCGCAAGAUUGCUGAAAAUAAAAAGUUGGAAACAAAACUUGACUACAAGCCGCUUUGAAAGCUGAUCCAAAAAUACACAAUUGGACAAAGAAUAUUUAUGACGCGCUCCAGCAAUGUCAUAAUAACUAUCUGCUUUAUUCAUACAUAAGACAUGAUGUGGACUCCUAUACCCGAGCGUUGCCUACUGCUCAAAUGUACAUGAAAAUAAAUUAUUUGUCAUAUCACAAGUUCAAGAUUUCAGUAGGUUUGGUUAGGUUAGUCCGUUAAAACUAUUGCUUAAUGCUCGUCAUUCUGGUAACAGCUUCUCUUAGAA